AUGUUUACAACUUUCGACAUUUCAACUUCAAGUUCGCUGUCCAACGGGAAGCUUCUGUCCCCGCCGACGUCACAACCCCGCCCCAAGAGAGCUCAAGUCUCACGCGCCUGUGAUUGGUGUCGAUUGACUCGUGUAAAGUGCGAUUCUACUCGACCCUGUCGCAAUUGUAAGCAAGCCAAGAGAGAAUGCGUAAACUCGGGUCGUGAUGACUUCAAGAGUGUUGCUGCGGCUACAAAGGAGGUCCAACGAUUGAGAACCCAGGUCCAGGAAUUGGAGAACAAACUGUUGAGCCCCUCUCUUUCAUCUGGGAGAGGUGACAACGGUCGCAGACAAUCACAAAGAUGGAAGGGUGUUCGGAUCAAUGGCGUCCAGUAUGGACCAUCUUCACUCACGUAUUUCUCUCAUCGACUGUCAGCAUUCAUUGAGACGGAUUUAGAGCCAGAUGCUUCAUCAAAGUCACACCCAUCACCUCCAUCAACGCCGUCCAACUGUGACCGCCUUCAGCGUGAGCAACAAGACGCAUUGCUCGAUCUUUACUGGCAGGGCUACCACGCCAUUUAUCCUGUGCUCGAAGAAGCUGCGUUCCGACGACAUUACGAUUCUCUAUGGCAUGGAAAUAUGAGGCAGGCAUGUCCAUUAGUCGACAUUGUGAUUGCGCUAUGUAUCCAAUUCGGCUCCUCUUACACAGCCAACGACACUCUGGUCAUGCCUGAUCAGCCUGGAUACGACUUUUACCUUCAAGCACAGCAGUCCUUAAGUUCUAGCUUGGAGACGCCGACAUUAAUAUCAGUUCAGUGCUAUUUUCUUAGUGCCAUAUACCUCUUGGCCUUCAAACAAAUCAAUUCGGCUCACAUGAUGAUGCGGUCAGCAAUAGCAGCAGCCGAAUCCCUUGGCCUUCAAUUUGAUGACAAUGGUGAUGACACUGUCAACACUGAAAUGCCGUCGACAAGCGUGGGUCAUAGACUAUGGCGAUGUUUGGUCACAUUAGACACGCAAAUCUCUCUGGAUUUGGGUCGUCCUUUUGCAAUAGCAAGCAUUCAAUCACACGAUCAAGAAGAACCAGAAUCUGACGAGGUUGCCCAACUUGCUGGUCCAAACUUUGACUUUUCUGGGUCAUCCGACAUCAACUGGCUUCGUUUUGUACACGAGAGGCAAAGUCUAUUUCAGAUCGUUCGCGAAAUUCAUACUGAAUUAGCGGCAGUGUUGGAGGGCACCCUUGAGGAAACCCAACAGACAGACUUUUACCAACAUGCUGCGUCGCGCGAGAGAUGCGCAAAGUACCUGUACGGACAGCUCAAACGUCUCAAAGCUUGGGUUGAGGAACUGCCAGAAAAUCUCAAAACACCGAGGGUACAGGGUGUACCAUUCUCAGUCGAUCGAUCCAAACUCAACCUUAGCCAGACAGAUCCCCUAUGGCUACAAAGGCAACGGUUGGUGCUUGAACUGGAUUAUCACUCUCUGGUCAUCAUGCUCACGAGAACUUUCAUCUCUUUUCUGCCGACACCAGCCCUCGGGACCUUUAACAGCGACAAUCACUGCAUCAUGGCUGUAAACUCUGGCAUCAUGAUGACACUAAUGCUACAACAGAUUCUCGGUGGUUCGGAAAUUCUUGCCGGCUUCUUUCAAGUUGUUAGCUGGCAACGUACGGCAACAUUCACUCUAGCUGGCUUCGCUUGCGGCUAUCCCAUAUGCCCGUUGUCUCCUAUAGCACGCAAGACAUUACCACGAGCUGCACGAGUCUUUGAGAUGUCUGGUAGUUGGGAAGACGCACAGUUGACUGACAGCCUCAAGACAAAGUGCUUCGAGAUAGUACAGGUUUUCUGCACUAGAAUUGGUAUAGCUACGCCUGCGACGACACCAGCCGAUACCGACAAGGAUACAGAGAGUGUAGAUGAAUCAAUGGAGCCGAGUAGCUACCAGGUCAUGAGUAUCGGGGAGGAAGCUUUGGCUAAUGCUGGUUUCGACAGCAUACUGGACAGUGACCUGUGGGUAUCAGACUCGCCAGGUGGGCUUUUAUGGGGUGACUUGAUGAAAGAUUUAGACUCGGGUUUGGCGUCGUCACUAGGUCAUUUUGGAGUACGGGAUCGAGACAAUGUUUAA